AUGUUUGCACAAUCCACCAGUUCGUGGGCACAGUUUUUGGGCUUGGCAGAUGGCAAGGGCGUCGGCAAGAAGAGCAAGAGUAGCGCCCCCAGCGCCGAGCCCGCGCCCGGCCCCAGCGCCCCCCGCGCCCUCCGCGCCCCCAGCGACGAGGUGCCGGGGCGGGCGAGGGGGCGGGCGCGCGGCGGGGGCGGGGGCGGGGAGCGGCGCCUCGCGUCGUCCCCCGAUACCGAGUCCAGCGAGAUGUCCGACUCCAACGACCCGCUGGCUCUGCCCCCGCGCGGGCGACGGCGGGCGCGGGCGGCGCGGGGCGGGGGCGGGGGCGGCUCCGAGACGGGCUCCGGGUCCGGGUCGUGGGCCGCGCCCCGGCACAAGCGGGCGCGCCCCACACCGCGCAGGAGACGCGAGCGCUUCUCGACUGCGUCGUCGUCCGAGUCGGGCGAUUCGGGCGAGUCGGUCGAGUCGGUCGAGGGCGGCGGGUGGGGCAGCGACCGGCGCCGGUACGAGUCGGACCGGUCGUACAAGCCGCGCUACUCCACCGACGACGACGCGCCGCUGCAUCUGUACAGACAGAGACAGGAGGAUGCGAGCGAGGGAGACAGCAGCUCGCGCAACACGAACAGGAGGAAGGUGAACGGGCACGCGGCCGUGAGUAUACAGAUACACUAGCGGUGAUGUUAGCGGACAAGGUUUAGCGUCCGAGUAAAUUUACGCUAAAAUUGCAGUUUUAGUAUUAGUUCAAAUUCAUUUUACUCCCUUAGAACGUCGUACUAGGUAAACCUGCGCUAAGGCUCCGUUUAAUAAUAUGAAUUUGGACAAAUACUAAGUGCAGUUUCUACGUAUAUUUACUCCAACACUAUAUUAUUGCACGUGAAUAAUAAUUUCAUUUGCUGUUCACGAUACAACCACCAUUACGCUCUAGCGCAGGGGCACGUUUACUUUAUGUGCGCAAUGUGUUCUGCUUUCAAAUGGGACUUUAUCCUGCGUCUUGGUCCACGUGAUGGGGUUACUUUCGAUAACAAACUUCUAUACGAACUUUCAUGCCCUAUUGCAGUGCCUUAA